AUGUUUCAGCUUUGCAAAGGCGUGGCUCAUUGCCAUAGCCACGGUGUGCUUCACCGUGAUCUUAAACCGCAGAACCUUCUUCUUGAUAAGGAUAAAGGAAUCUUGAAGAUCGCUGAUUUGGGUCUUGGUCGUGCUUUCAUUGUUCCUCUAAAGUCUUACACUCACGAGAUUGUUACUCUUUGUAAUCGAGCUCCUGAAGUUUUUCUUGGCUCCACUCAUUACUCCACUGCUGUUGACAUUUGGUCCGUUGGAUGCAUCUUUGCUGAGAUGAUUCGGAGGCAAGCUCUUUUCCCUGGUGACUCCGAGUUUCAGCAACUGCUUCACAUCUUCAGAUUGCUAGGAACACCGACUGAUCAGCAAUGGCCGGGUGUGAUGGCUCUGCGUGACUGGCAUGUGUAUCCAAAGUGGGAGCCGCAAGACUUGUCACGUGCUGUUCCAUCUCUGUCCCCUGAAGGAGUUGAUCUUCUCACGAAAAUGCUGAAGUACAAUCCAACUGAAAGAAUUUCAGCAAAAACAGCUCUUGACCAUCCCUACUUUGACAGCCUUGACAAGUCUCAGUUCUGA